GCUUUCAAGAACAACUGCAUAAAUGUGGUGGCCGACAGCAGAGGCAAACGUGGGCCAGAGCUCUCUUACGUGAUUAAGUGUUACUUCUGUGAGGUAAAGAUGUUGAAGUGCCUGUUUGUGGUUGUGAUAGCAGCAACGAUAAAUCAACUAGAAGUAUUUGCCAAGAAUAAAGCUUUAGGCACUCUGUAUCGGUGGAAACAAAUCGACUUCGCGUACCCCAGCGAAGACGAACGCCAGGAUGCUAUUAAUUUCGAGGAAUUCAUUCAGCUCAAUGUUAUUACAUUGGGCGUAGAGAGGUGGAAAGACAGAAUAUUCAUAAGCACCCCACGGUGGAAGAAAGGUGUGCCAGCUACUCUAUCAGCGCUGCCCAUACAUGGCGAGGAGGAGUCUCCGCUGCUGGAGCCCUAUCCUUCGUGGGACUGGCAUAAUGCUGAAAACUGUACGGGAUUUACAUCCGUGUUCCGAAUGGCUGUAGAUCACUGUGGUAUUAUGUGGGUGCUUGAUUCUGGACAGGUGGAAGCUUUCGAAACUCCGCGACGACUUUGUCCGCCAACUUUGUUCGCCAUCGACUUAGAAACAGAUAAUGUCAUUGGAAAAUAUCCUAUACCAGAUGAAUAUGUACUGCAGAACUCUUUGAUUACAAAUAUCAUUGUUGAUUCACGAGAUGCACGUUGCAGAGAUCUUCAUGUCUACAUAGCUGAUGCCUGGCGUUUUGGACUUAUUGUAUUCAGAGAAGAAGAUGAAUCUUUCUGGAGAUUCAGCCAUUAUAGUUUCUAUCCGGAACCGUUGUUAUCAAAUUAUACACUUCAUGGCCUGAACUAUCAAUGGUCGGAUGGUCUAUUUGGAAUGUCAUUGGGAAAAUUUCAAUCUGGUGACAGACCUUUAUAUUACCACUCAAUGUCUAGUUCCCUCGAGUUUGUAGUGAGCACAUCUGUGAUACGAGACCCGUCACGAGUCAGCGACGCGGUGGGGGAGUUCAAACUGCUCGGCGAGAGCCGCGGCGCCGACGGCCAAGUCUCGGCCGCAGUCGUAGACCGCAACGGUGUUAUGUUCUUUAACCUCAUUUCACAGGACAGUAUCGGAUGUUGGGACACUCGUAAACCUUAUCAAAAUGACAACUUGGGUGUUGUAGCGAGAAAUAAUAAAACACUUAUAUUCCCUAACGACCUUCGAGCAGACCAUGAAGUUCCUCAAAGGCUUUGGAUCAUAACUAAUCGUUUGCCAAUGUAUCAAUUUAAUUUAAUUAACCCUGAGGAAUAUAAUUAUAGAGUAAUAUAUUUAGAUCCUACAUCAUCAGUACAAGACACGAUUUGCCAACCUACAAUCCCUGUAUAA